AUGUUCAAGUAUCUUGAUGAGGUGGUUGAAGAAAUUGAAGAGGAGAAUGUUGUGCAAGUUAUUACUGAUAAUGCACCUAACUAUGUGAAUGUCGGAAUGAGGCUUAUGGAAAAGAGAAGAAGAUUGUGGUGGAAUUUUUGUUCUGCUCAUUACAUAGAUUUGAUGUUGGAGGAUGUUGGGAAGCUAAAUGUUCAUGCUAAUACACUUUUGCAAGCUAGACAAGUGGUGAAGUUCAUAUAUGGGCAUACUUGGGUUCUUAGCUUGAUGAGAACAUUUACAAAAAAUCAUGAACUUAUUCGUCCAGCAAUUACACGAUUUGCUACUGCAUUUCUUACUCUUCAAAGUCUUUAUAAGCAAAAACAAGCUCUUAUAGCAAUGUUCUUCUCAGAAAAAUGGUGUUCUAGUACAUGGGCCAAAAAGGUAGAAGGUGUAAAAACUCGAAGUGUAGUAUUGUUUGACCCAAAUUUUUGGCCUCAUGUUGCUUUUUGUAUUAAGACCAUUAUUCCAUUAGUAAGUGUCUUAAGAGAGAUUGAUUCAAAGGAAAGACUAGUCAUGGGUUAUAUUUAUAAGUUAACGGACUCAGCCAAGGAGAAAAUUGCAUUUAAUUGUGGGGGCAUGGAGAAGAAAUAUGGCUCAGUUUGGAGAAAAAUAGAUGCAAGAUGGACUCCGCAACUUCAUCGACCUUUACAUGUAGCGGGUUAUUAUCUUAAUUCGUAA